CCGUCCCACUCAUAACGCCGAGGACGAUCCUAUACUAGACUCAUACGUCUUAGAGUAUUACCAUUUACUUAAGUUACGGCACGACGGCUGUCGGCCCGCUCGGACGCCCUGCCCAAGACCCUGUAUCUAACAUUUGCUGCAAGAAAGGACAGUGGGAAAACGCUCACCUACUGCCACAUUAGACUAGAGAUGUGUUUACAUGAUGUCACCCCUCCUCGAUUUCGCGGGUCAGGCAUCGCCUUCGGAUGUAGCCAUCCUGCUCGUCAAAAGCGAUGUGGGAGUUGAGGAGUAUAAAGUUGGGCUUAACGUACAUGUAUCCUGAGAUCAAUCCUUCUGCAGGCACAAUUCAAAUUUCACACUCGCAUUCAAUACUUAUAUCCUUUUAUAACCUCUCUCUCCUCAUCAGCUAUCCUCUCCAAUAUGGCCGCUUCAGACUAUCAUGUCAUUAUCGCAGGCGCUGGUGUCACUGGCGUCCUGAUUGCUCAGGGGUUGAAGAAGGCCGGUAUCCGCGCCUCAAUCUAUGAGCGUUACCCCAAAGCCAAAUACGAAGACCGUGCCGGAAACUGGACUGUAGCUCUACACUGGUCUAUCCCGUUCAUCGAAGCCUGUCUCCCGGCAGAAGUCUUCGCCAAGAUCAAAACCUGCGAGACGAACCCAUGGGAAGAAAUCGACCCCGUGGUGGCCGGCAACAUCCCCCUCAUUAAUGGACGCACUGGUAAAGUACUGGCGAAAAUGCCCAUGGAUCACCCGAAACGCGCGUCGAGAGGGAAGUUGCGGGAUUUGUUCAAGGAGGGCCUGGAUAUUCAGUAUGAUAUGAAGUUGACUGAUGUCCGGGUUAACGAUGACGGGAAUGGCGUUAUUGCGAGGUUUAAUGAGGGUAGUGUGGUUGUUGAGGGGGAUGUGAUCAUAGGCGCGGAUGGAGCAAAGAGUGCUGUCCGCGACUGUCUCUUGGAUAAAGAGGAUGGCCGGCUAGAUGUAGCGAAUGCUUUGAUUCUGAGCGCCUUCCCGACGUUUACUGCAGAACAAGCACUAUUCAUUCGCAACAACACCCACCCAAUCAUGCAGCUCAGCCCCCACCCAUAUCAAAAUACAAUAAUAUUUGAAUCCCUCGCCGAUGUCGUUGACCGCAACAAGCCUGAGUCCUGGGUAUUCUACAUCAGCCUAUCAAUCUACACCAACGAAACCCCGCCAGACGAGGCAGAAAGAAGACACCUUUUCAAAUCCUACAUGUCGACCUACUGCGAGCCGUACAGGUCGAUCGCCAAGUGGAUCACAGACGAUGUACACAUUAACGGCGACAAGUUCCAUUAUUGGGGCAAGAUCACACCCUGGAAGAACUUCAGCGGCCGGAUCACGCUUGCAGGAGACGCGGCACACCCAAUGGUUCCAUUCCGCGCCCAAGGCAUCAACAACGCCAUUGAAGACGCAAAACUAUACGUCGACGCUAUCAAGAGCGUUGUCUUGGACAGCAAGGAUCUGCAGACCGUUAUCGAUGACUACGACAAGUCCAGCUAUACGCGCGGAAAAUCGGAUAUUCAGUUGUCGAUUGAGCAGAUGCAUGCUUAUCAUCACUGGGAUGAGGUGAUGGAUUCGCCUUUGAUGAAGAAUGGGUAUGGGCAUGCUCAUUAAAUCAUGUUGAUUUGAUGACUACAAAUGUAAAAGGAGUUGGAAUAGGUACUGGUGAAGAUUGGAUA